AUGUCUGCGAUCACCCUGCUGGCCUCCUUCGGCUUCUCGCUCGCCGGCUACUUCCUCACCAGCUCACUCAUCCCCACCCUCUCAGCCACGCUCAUCAGCGCCGGCCUCAGGGGCAAAGACCUCCUCAAGGGAACCUCAACCGGCGGCGGCGGCUUCCUCACCAACCCAACAUCAACACCAGCAACCUCUCCUCCUCCAAAACCAAAACCAAAAUCAAAACUAGACAGCCAGCAGUUCAUCCCAGAAUCCACAGGCCUGAUCGCUGGAAGCGUCUACGUAUUAACGCUAUGUCUAUUUGUGCCGAUUCCGUACUACACCCAUCUCUUGCCGGAGAGCUUCCUUCCCGGCUCGACCGCGUUCACCAGCGCCAGUGAUCAGGGCCCGAUUCGGCCCCCGUUCCCGCUCAACAGUCUUACCGCAAAUCUGGCUAGUAUCCUCUCCCUCCUCUCCGCCGUCUUCCUGGGCUUCCUCGAUGAUGUUUUCGAUAUCCGCUGGAGAUUUAAACUGCCAAUACCUAUCAUCGCUUCGGUUCCUCUUCUCACCGUUUAUGCCGCCUCUGCUGGUAGUACGGAUAUCAUUGUUCCGCAUAUCUUUGGUCUCCGAGCUUUUCUUGGAGUCGAGAAAAUCAAUGGAUUAAUAAGCAUAGGGCCGUUAUAUUACAUAUAUAUGUCGAUGUUGUCGACGUUUUGUACGAACAGUAUCAACAUUCUAGCGGGGAUCAACGGGGUCGAAGUGGGCCAAUCGAUCAUCAUCUGUCUGUCGAUCAUCUGCAACGAUCUGCUCUACAUCCAUCUCGACCUCGCCGAGUUCGGGCUGCCCCAUCGGCUCACAUUCGGCUUCGCCAACGGAUCCAAACAGCUCGAAGAUCGCCAUCUGUUCUCGCUGUGCUUGAUGAUGCCUCUCUUGGCUGUCAUGCUCGCACUCAUCAAGUACAAUUGGUAUCCUGCUAGGGCUUUCGUCGGAGAUACGUUCUGUUAUUUCGCUGGAAUGGCCUUUGCAGUCGUCGGAAUCCUCGGCCAUUUCUCGAAAACAUUACUCUUGUUCUUCAUCCCUCAGAUCCUAAACUUCCUCUACUCCACUCCGCAACUCUUCGGCAUACUGCCGAUUUCUCGCCACCGCUUGCCGUCCCGAGAUCCGCACACAAACACCUUACGACCAUCCAUGGUGAUCUUUGAGUUUCCGCUUUCGGACAAAUAA